GCCACCCAUAUCAUUGACGCCGCCAAUAUGGUCAUUCUUCGCAACACUGUUCUGCACUAGCGUUGUAUCAGGACGGAGCCUGCAGUGGUCCUUGUCGCUGGAGAAACCGGAGUUCAAGGGAUAUCGUCAAAAACUGGUGUAGGAGGCAAAGGGCAUUUUUGUCGGUAACAUGCCUAUCACUAAGGCUAAUGGCUUCUUCGACGCCUACAUGACGCCUAAAGAUGACAAGUGGCUGCGGAAAAAGAUACCGACUCUCAACGUUGACAAGGUUCCCUGUGAGCCUAAACAUGAAAGUACUAUGUAUGGUUCACUUUGUGCUGCCGUGAAUGACUCCGAAGUCUGUCCGGGCUUCAAAUUGGUGAACGUCGCGUCUAUGGUUGAUGGGAACGGCCGCAAGCUGCGUCCCGACAUAGCACUAGCGGAAAAAGGCAAACUGGCCUUUCACUUUGGCAACAUAGACACGUUUUCUGAGCUCAAGAACGUACCCUCCAAGGAUCCGUUCUACAGGAAAGCUGACCUCAACACCUUGGAGAAAGAUGAUAGCGACAGCGCUGAUACCCGUGGCCAACUGCUGUCGUAUGUGACGACCAUGUUGUCUCGCCAGCAGCGCACUUUCAUACUGUCAUUCUCCAUCUGUGGUUCAUACGUUCGCUUCUUUAGGUGGGACCGUGCGGGAUGCGUGGUGACGGAACUCAUCAACUUCCACAAGAACCCAGAGAUUCUGGCCGAGUUCUUCUGGCGAUACAGUCAUCUCACUCCAGCGCAGCGCGGAUUUGAUACUACAGCCGUUCUUGCCACCGCUCGGGAGUCCACCAUGUUAUCUAAGAGCUUGAACGCGUUCAUCCGGGAUUCUAAACCUCGCGACGUCAGCUAUCUUCGUCCUGAACGCGAUCCUACUUACCCUACGUACAAAAUCGCCGUAGAUUUUGGAGAGAAGACUCCUCGAAAAUUCGUCAUUCGCCAGCCGUUUUGGGAUUCCGAGUCGCCUUGUGGUCGUGCUACUCGAGCCUAUGCAGCGUAUGAUAUCUCUGGGGACAGGCUUGUCUUUUUGAAAGACUCCUGGCGCGUUGAAGACGAGGAAGAUCCUGGAAUCUGCAGUGAAGCUGAGAUAUACGAAGAGCUCAACAAAUGCGACAUUCCUUUCCUCCCCCACGUUAUCCAUGCGGGCGAUGUGAAGGUCGGAGGUGAAAUUCAGAAGACGAGAUGUCAAGAAGAUUCCGGGAAUAAUCAUCCUGAAUGGCGCAAACCCUGUGAUCGUCUUCAUGCACUUGUUCACUAUCGAGUGAUUGAACAACUCCUCUAUCCGAUGUCGUCAGCUGUAUCCUCGAAGGAAACAGUUCAGGGUGUCCGCGAUGCAGCAGAAGCUGUCAAAGUUGCGUACAAGAAAGGGAAGAUUCUCCAUCGUGACAUAAGUCUAGGUAACGUUAUGAUUGAUAAGGAUGGUCGAGGUGUCCUCAACGACUGGGACCAUGCCAUGAAACUCCUUAUUGGAGAUUCACAUUCGUAUCGCACUGGAACGUGGCAAUUCAUGUCCAUCCGCCUGCUUAGCGACCCUUACAAACUGCACGAAGUACAUGAUGACCUUGAAUCGUGCUUUUGGGUUCUCCUGUACAAUGCAUUGCAUUACUUCGAGCACAAUCAACCGAAAGUCCGGCCAAUCUUCUUUGAUGAAAUGAACCCAGUGGAGCAAGACGACGGCGAUGUCCAAGCGAUUGGUGGUAAAGGCAAAAUCGCAAUGCUCAGCAUGGAGCUUGCCACCUACAAGUGGACAUGCAAGCCGUUGGAUAUUCUCAUUCACAAACUUGGCUCCGUUUUCGAAAUUUACAACAAAAUGGCUAAAAACCCCUAUGCAGAUAAGGACGCCUUGAGUUCUCUUCACCAAGACAUUGACAACGUUGAUAUCGUUCUCAAUCUUUUCGACGCUGCUCUGGCUUCUGACGGCUGGCUUGACAAGGAUGCACGUCCAGACAUAUUCCCCCGCAAAACCAAGGCUGAACGUGACAGGGAGAAUGCCAGGAAACAGAUGGAUGCCAUUGAAAAGGCUACCCAAUCGAGAGAUCGCCCCAGAAAUUAUGCACGCGCACCAGCCAGAACUAUCCCUUCCUGUCUUCGCCAAGGCCGCAUUCCUAUCGACGAGGGUGAGGCUCAAGAUCCACACGAAGUCCCUCAACCAAAAGCUGGACCGUCCCGACUUGCGGAGGACGUCUUUCGGAGCUCGUCGAAGAGAACGAUUGAUGACACUCCAGAUGGAGAGCCAUUCUUUCGUAGUUCGAAGAAACUUAGAACGGAGGCGUGUGACCGACCGCCUCCACCUCGACCUAGACCACGACCUCGUAGAGCUCCACUCCCACUCCCACUCCCACCUGCGCCGCCAGUCCCAGCAGUUGCUGAGCCUCGACAUCUCACGCGUUCCAAGACGAAGCUCAAGAAGUCAACUCAGGAUGAUGUGGACAUGCGCGAAGUCAGUCAUCGAUACGAGACGCGUUCAAAGUCAAACGAAUCUCGUCGGCAACAAAACUCUGGUGCGCAAGCUACGAGGAAGAAGGUUGAAAGGGCACCAGUUCGUACGAAGGGUAUCAAGUCAACUGGUGCUGCUGGUAACCGCGUUCAACCAAAAUCGAACCCUCGUCGGCGGCGGUGAAAGUUAGGUCUCGUCGACGGUCAAUUUUAUUCUGUCCACACACCAUUCUUCAUCACAGUCUAGAGGAUUAUUUACUGUAUAUUUCUUGGAACCGAUUGCAAGCUACAUCCAAUGAAGGAGUUCCGUUAGAUGGGGGGGAUUGAGGGUAUUCAGUUGAUAAAUAUACUGUACAUGUGAGUGUUAGCGAGAGAUGUACAAGAAUGUCAGUCAAUGAGUUGAAAUGAGCGCGAAACCAUCGUAUGAAGGUGUCUACUGCCAUC